UUCAACUUUAGUUUCAAACAUGGUUUCAUCAAGAUCACACUUUCUUCUUACAGUUUGUUUGGUAACCUGCUUGCUAUACAAAUUACAUAAAAUAAGGGAAGACAAGGUGCACUGUGGUGAUACACUAGAAAACUACUUAGACUCCUAUAAUAUGGUAAAAGAAGAAUAUCAGGGUUCAAUUCAGAACUGUGAGAAAAAAGUAUCAAAAUUAGAUAAAGGAAUAAAAGAUUGCAAAAUUUUCCAUCACAGAUGUGAGGAACUACUUGAAAAUGAAAGAAAUGAGCAAAAAAGAUUACACGUGGCAUUGGAGCGAAGUAUAGAAGAUUACAACGGACUUCUAGAAGAGAAAAAAAUAAUGGAAGUUUCAAUUGCUGAAAAAAAUUAUCAAUUAGAUAACUUGGAGGAAAUAGCAAAUCUUCUCAACGAUGACAAUAACAAAAUGAGUAAAGAGCGCGAGAUAGAGGCUCAGGAAAGAACAUUGUGGCUUCAUGAACGAGAAGAUCUAAAGCAACAAAUUGAUGAACUGACAAAAAAACUAGCUUUUUCGGAAACAGCUAAAUCUGGAAUAAAAAGCAAAAACAAGCGGGUUUUACCUCACCCUGCAGUAAAUACCCUAAUAUUCCAUAAGAGUCUUUCAGACCCGUAUCAAUCCAGGUACAACUCAAUCAGGAACUCACAGUUCCACGAAUACCACUAUCAAUGUCAAUCCGGACAGGACUUUAUGGGUACCAAAUACUCGCUCCCUCUCCUUAUGGUUGACGAGGCAUAA